CAACAAGAAACAGAUAAAAAGGGCCAUCUAUCCCAAAGAGACAACCUCUAUCCCAGCAGAGAUGUGGGGAUCAACUCUACUCUUACGUAUAAACUCUGAUGAUGACAUAUCCUCAAUUGCCUUUCAUCUCUUCUUAAUUCCCACACACACAAAUUAAAUUGUUCAGAAGAAAAAACAGAGCAGAUGAGAUACGUUCGUACAAGUAGCCUUAAAAGGCUCUUCUCAUUCAGAAGGCAGAGUUUUGAUGGUGAAUUACCAAAACCUUGUGAUUUCAAUCAAGAAGAAGUUGCUGCUACACGUAAACCCACUUGGAAAUGCUUCUCUUUUCAAGAAAUUUUUCAUGCCACCAAUGGUUUCAAUUCAGAAAAUAUUGUUGGUCGAGGAGGGUAUGCAUCGGUGUACAGAGGCAUAUUAGAAACUGGAGAAGCAAUAGCAGUAAAAAUGCUUACAAAAGCGACCGACGAUGAAAGAAAAGAAAAGGAAUUUUUGACAGAAAUUGGUACACUUGGUCACGUUUGUCAUCCAAAUGUAACGUCACUGCUUGGCUGUUGUAUUGAAAAUGGACUUUACAUCAUUUUUCAGUUUUCAUCCAAAGGAUCUGUUGCUUCAAUUCUCCAUGAUGAGAAAUCACCCACUAUGGAUUGGGAAACAAGGUAUAAAAUUGCUGUUGGGACUGCAAAGGGUUUAUAUUAUCUGCAUAAAUUAUGUCCUAGAAGAAUUAUUCAUAGGGAUAUCAAGGCCUCUAAUAUUUUGUUGAGUGAAGAAUAUGAGCCACAGAUAUCAGAUUUUGGGCUAGCAAAAUGGCUUCCAUCACAAUGGACCCAUCAUUCUAUUGUUCCAAUUGAAGGGACUUUUGGGCAUUUAGCACCAGAAUAUUUCAUGCAUGGAGUAGUUGAUGAAAAGACAGAUGUUUUUGCAUUUGGAGUGUUCUGUUUGGAGCUCAUUUCUGGAAAAAAACCUGUUGACAAUUCCUAUCAAAGCUUACAUAGUUGGGCAAAACCUUUAUUGAGCAGAGGAGUUAUAGAAGAAGUAGUUGAUCCAAUGCUACAAGGGACAUUUGAUUCUACACAACUUCAUAAACUUGCCUUUGCUGCUGCUCUUUGCAUUCGUGCUUCUUCUAUAUGGCGCCCUACCAUGAGUGAGAUUGUAGAGAUAAUAUUGGGAGGUGAAGUUGAUAAACAAAAAUGGAAAAUGCCAGAAGAGGAAGAAGAAGAACAAGAAGAGUUUUGGGGUUUUGAGGAUCUUGAAUGUGAAUGUGAUAGUUCCUUCUCAACUUCCCCACAUGACACAUUCUCAACAAGAAGCUCAUAAAUUCAAAUCUACAUCAUUUACUAUAUAUGCUAGUUUUUAGACAUUUAUAGAUAAAAACACUUAGGGGGUUAGUUUACUAGUCAUAAUACACUCUAAAUUUUAAAUUUUUGAGGUCCAUGUUUUAAAACUUUUGCAUAUAUGCUUGUUAUUUUACAAAAUCACG